UGGCCGUUAAGUCCUUACAGCAUCAGGUUCUGCGUUUGGCUGUAUCAGUUAGACAUUCAGGAAGUCCCUGAGGGUAGCUAGUGCAGUAACAGGUGGAAAGAAAAUGUAGACACUCGACCGAGGCAUAUGCAUUAUUUUUCCGUUGUUUUAUAUCUGCGUGGGAACAACAUUUAUAAACUUCAUAAAGUACUUUAUGCUAGCUAGCUAGCGAAGCUAACGCCGACGUCUCAACGUUAACUCCUGUCAACUUUUCCCAGCUACAUAAUCUGCUCACUGACAGUUUAUCGACAUGGAGGAGUGCCGUCGUUCGCCUGGCUCGUCUCGAUGAAUAUUUUACACACGGAGGUGUCGGAUUUACUCAGCUGACUAAACUUUAUUGAAGGCUCCUUUUGGGUUGUUGUUUUUUUCCACUGGCAACAGCCAACUGCUGAGGGCGGACAUAAACAAUGUUUUCUGUCAAACCCAUGAAACCAACCUUCAAGAGUUAUCUUCCUCCUGUUCAGACUGAUGUGAAGAAAACUUUUGAACCACCUAUUAAAAAGCUGGAGCCAAAGUUACUUCAAGGGGAGAUUGUAGUUAAUGAGGUGAACUUUGUGAGGAAAUGCAUCAGCGCUGAGAGCAGCCAGGACGACCUUUGGGGGAAGUUGAUCUGCACCAACUUCAAGGUCUCCUUCAUCCCUCAAGAUGCCUCUUCCAAACAGAAGUCCCAGCUGUCCCACCUCCUGCUUGGAGAUCACGACAUACCCCUCACCUGUCUGGAGCAAGUAGUAACAGUUAAUGAUACAAAAGGGAAGAAGAAAGUGUUGGGGUCAAACCAGAAGCUGAAGUUUAACCCGACGGAGCUCAUCCUCUACUGCAAAGACCUGCGCAUCAUAAGGUUCUGCUUUGGCGAGGCUGGGCCUGAGGGGGCCAAAAAGGUUUGCCUUGCUAUUGCCCACUAUUCCCACCCAGCUGAUCUUCAACUGCUGUUUGGUUUUGAGUACCAAGGGCGGCGCUAUCAUGAAUCUAAAGGGGAGCGAGUCAAUGGUUCCACCCCACGAGAAGGAUUAAGGACCCCCAUAUUUGACCGCCCGUCGGACCUGGAUCGGGAGAUCAAGAGAACAGGAGCAUCAGAGUGGAGAGUGUGCUCCAUCAACGAGGGCUUUGCCAUCUCACAAAGUCUCCCAGAGUACAUUGUGGUCCCGGUCUCUCUGGCAGACGAGGAUCUAAAGAAGUAUUCCGUAUUCUUCACUGACCAGCGCAUCCCUCUCUGGUGCUGGAAUCAUCCAAAUGGAAGUGCUCUGAUCCGCAUGGCCGUCAUAAGUGAUCCAUUGCAGCAGAGGAGGAUCGAUCAGAAGGUCUUCACUGCCAUCACAAAAAGCCACCCACAGCGCAGUGAAGUCCUCAGGUCAGAUCUGGACAAGUGUCUGCCCAACAUCCAGGACAUCCAGAGUGGUUUUGUUAAAGUCAGGCAGAUCUGCGUCAUAGAUCAUUUUGAGGAGUCAGACGAGAGGUGGUUCUCAUCUAUUGAAAACUCAAGAUGGCUGGAGUAUGUGAGGGCUUUCCUGAAGCACUCAGCAGAGAUAGUGUACCAGCUGGAUGGAAAGAAUGCUUCAGUCAUUCUUCAAGAGGAGGAGGACAGAGACCUGAACUGUGUGGUGUCCUCCCUGGUGCAGCUCAUGUUGGACCCUCACUAUCGCAGCCUCGUUGGCUUUCAAAGUUUGGUGCAGAAGGAGUGGGUGAUGGCUGGCCAUCGCUUCUUGGACAGAUGCAACCACUUAAAGAAGAAUGACAAAGAGGAGUCCCCACUGUUCUUGCUGUUCCUGGACUGCGUGUCGCAGAUGAUAAGCCAGUACCCGGCAGCGUUCGAGUUCACAGAGUCCUAUCUGACUGUCCUGAGUGACAGCAUGUGGAUCCCACUCUUCAGUACUUUCCUCUUCAACUCUUCCAAACAGCAAGCUAAGCACUUGAUGGACUUUGCCAAGAAUAAAGCCAUCCCUCACGGAGAAGACCAGGUCGUGUACUUCCCUCCUGUUUGGGACUGGUCGCAGCAGUUCUCCCCCAAAGACCAAACCCUCUUCAACAACCCCAUGUACGUCGGCAAAGGAGCGGCCUGCGUUCAGAAUGGAGAAGUGAAGACCUUCAGACGCACAAAGAAGGCGUACAGCCACACGCUGCGAGGGAUGCCUGCGUCUCUGCGCAAUGGGACGAAGGUCGGGGAGGACACGUUGACCCGGCGGGGCUCCCUGGUGUCGGAGCUGAGGUCUGAUUUCUACCCCGCUAAAGACGAAAGCCCGUCGGAGCGCUUCUUCAGAGACUGGUUCUCUCGCCCCACGGACCAGCAGGGCCUCCUCAUCCCGCUGCUCGUGCCCUCGCACCUCGCUCUCUGGAAGCUCUACUUCCUGCGCUGGGUUCCUGAAGCCUGCAUCCCCAAAGGAGGCCCCGUCACCGCCUACCGCAAGCUCUCCCAACUGGUCGACGAAAUUGAGAUUCUGCAGAACCGGCUCAGGCAGUAUAAAGGACGUGGUCCCGGCAACGGGCCACUCCCCAGCCCAAGUGGGCCCCUCUCAGACCAAAGGAGGAUGUAUUUUAAGGCCAGUUCCCCACAUGACCCCCCUUCACCUUCUGACGUCCUUACCUCCUCCUUCCCCUUCUCUCCAACGGGUAACCUGUGUCGCGGCGGUAGCCAUGGGACCCCCAUUAGCAAAUUCCUGAACGGGGCGAGGAUCUGGCUCUCUACGGAGACUCUGAACGACACUGUCUGAAGAGAGGGGGGGGCUUAUAGGCUCGCUUUUCUGAGCUCAGUACAGGUUUGUGUAACAACAAACCCCGUCUUAUUUUCUUUUUCCUCUUUCUUUAAUACCAAGAAGGAAAAUGGAAAAAAUAAACUUUGGAUUUCUGAUAUAUUAAAUAUUUAUAAGCUAGCAGUAGCACGAUGCUGCAUUGAAAUCUGAGGUCCUUUCUAACCUGAAGCGCCCUCUAUAGGACUGAAUCCUUAAUUACCAUUACAGCAGAGGAAUUGAGAUGAUCUAAAAGCACAUCCUCCUUAUUGGCCAAGGAGUUGUUGUUGUGAGGUCUCCUGACUGCGAAAGAUUGUAUUACAAAUUGUUUUAAUAGAAUAAUUUUUUUGAUCUACUUGCGGUCUUUCUCGAGAUUAGUUGGAUGACUGCUCUUUUCUGUUGAGCGUCCUGUACGACCCGAAUAAAGAGCGCUUUUGGAGAUGUUUAUAUUGAGUUGAGAGCCUUUACCUUUUGACACAUUUUCAUUGGUCAAUACGACAUCCCCACUGUUAUGGAAAUGAGAAAUGUUAUCCACAUAUAAAUGCUUUGAAUUAGAAAAUGCCCGUUUUUUUACUGCAGCAUUAAUGAUGCAUUUCACUGAACACUGAUUUCCAAGUUAUCCAUUUGUUUGUACCUUCCAGGAAAAGUAAUAUCAUAAUUGACAUAGUUUUUAUUUAGAAAGAGGAACAGAAAAUAACACUGCUUCUACAUAUUGUUAUAUGUGUUAAAAACAAAGAGGAUCUGUCAUGGCUGAAUGUAAUGGGGCGUUUUUCGUUUUUUCUUUGCACAAGCUUAAUGCUAUUUGCUCCAAGUGCCCAUACAUUAAUGGUUAUAUUGAAAGUCUCAAUCUGUGCAGCAAAUAGUGUGAUUUCAGAGUUUGGCUUUGUAGAUUUACGCUAUUUUUGAAGCAGAGAAAAGGGCCUAUGCUUUCAGUAUCAUAAAGCAGGUGAUAUUCAGAGGGCAACGUGGAGAUGUGAGGACUUCAAUCUGUGGUAGAUAUUUCCUCUUCUCUUUCUUAAGGGGUUUUAUUCAACUUUUAUACAGGCCUUCUGGUAAGGCUCUAAUUAUAAGAAGAAAAAACUGUUCAUAAUAACAGGGUACAUAUUUUAAGCAAAAGGACAGACAAGGGCUUUGAUUCAAACCAGUCUCUAGUUUAGAUGGCACUGAUCCAAUUAACCAGACAGUAAUGGGUUGAUGACGAGUGACAAGAACAUAUCAGCAUUAAGCACCUGGAUAGCAAUGUGUGAUAUUUUGUCCACAAUGACUUCAGUUCACACAGGUUGUUAAGGGAAAGGCUUAGCAUACUGUAUGUAGCUUUAACAAUAUUCACGUUGAAUCACAUGUGUUCUUGUUUUUUUGCCAGAUAAUGCUUCUCUGGUUAUAGGAAUAAUGUAACAAAGUACAAGUAGUGAUUCUGUACUUUCAGUCAGGGUAGUGAUGGCAAGGUUAGUGAGUUAAGAUGUUCACAGGUUUAAAUUAGGAAAUCUGAGACAAUUUCGAGCAAGCUAAAGUUCAAGUGCUCUGCAAAGACUUUAAUUUGGAGAUCCUUUCAAAGUGUCUGCUGAACUAGAGAGGGGUUUGAGAUGUGUCAGGGGAAAUGGAUCAGUCAUCCAGAUCCCAUUUAAACUAGGGAGGAAUUAGCGCUGUGUAAUAUGUAAUUUCUUAAAAUGACAGUACAGCAUUUAAUAUAUAUAUUAAUACCACUGGACAGUCUCAACAUCUGUCCUCCAACACAGGAGCAUCCACCCUUAGACGCUAGAUUGACCAGUUUCCAAUAAUAUUCAGCUAAACGCGUUUCUAUAGCAAUAACUAACUAGUUCAGGUGUUUUUUUUUAAUAAAGAAGUGUGUAUAGAAGUCAACCUGUUCUCCCAAAUGCUAUUAAUUGCACAUUUAACUCAAGAUAUAGGAUAGUUUGUUUGAAGGUGGUUGUUGAAUAUCAUUUUUGCAGAUAUUAUAAAUACUGUAUAUGGUUGAAAUCUCCCAAUUAAUAUCUUUGAUUAAUGGUACUAGAUUACUUUUAUCUUAGAUUCAGUCUUUUUGUUUUCUGGAGAGAUAUUGAUAUGAUAUGUUCUUCCACCACUUCACCAUGUUGCACUCUGCUGUAAUUGCAUGAUGACUGUGCUCCCACAGUUUGAUAUUGAAGAGCAGCAGAUGUAUUUAUUUAGAUAUGCAGAUGCUCUCUAAGAGGGAUGCAAGGGCUACUGUACAUCCCCCUGUGCCUUGUUGGAAAGAUUGACCAUUUUUGUAACUAAAUUCUAAAUAUAUUGACUUAUUUUAGUUUUUCUAAAACUGUUGAGUUAUCAAUUCUGUAAAUCUAUAGUAAAUUCACUGGUAAUGCACUGAAGCUGUUUUUCCUGACCAAGAAUAGGGCUUGAAUGUGUACCAGUAACCAAUCAUUACAAUAUUUUUCAAAUAAACUUGUGUCCUGGCUUUUA